CUGGACCUCUCCAGGUUGCAGGUUGCAGGUUGCAGGUUGCAAGUUGCGAGUUGCGACAGCUGUUGUUUGCUGCUGCUGGGCCUCCCCUGAAACAUGGCUUGCAGGCCCACUCAAAUUAAAGGAGGAUACAGAUGGAGAGUUGGAUGCAUCCUCGACGGGGUUUCAGGCUGACACCCACUCGAUCGGCCGUUGAACCCUCCUGGGCGAAAUUAACGGCCGAUGAAGCAAUUAAUUAAUCACCCACGCUUCUGAUUGGAUUUGCUGCGGCUUUCCGUCGCUUCGUCGCUUCGUCGCGUGUUUUCUUUCUUCUCUCCGUCUCUCUCUUCUUCUUUUCUCUUUCUUUCCUCCUCCCUUUCUUUUCCUUCCCGUCGGAGCCAUCCACCCAUCCUAUCCUAUCUACCGCAUCAUCUCUCGAUCCCUUUCCGAACUCGCGGAUUGAAAUCAGUAGCGUUUUUCUUUCUUUCUUUCUUUCUUUCUUCCUCCUCCAUCCUUCCCACCAUGGCCGACCAGCCUGAGAAGACGACGGCUCCUGUUGCUGCCCCCGAGGCGCAACCUCCCACCACCACCACCGUUCCUGUCCCCGAGCCUGCGGUUUCGGAGCUCCAGCCCCAGCCCGAACAGAAGGUCGAGGAGCAGACGAUCGCUGAAGCUUCGACUGCCCCCGCUGCGGCGCCUGCUCCCACGGAUCCUCCCGCCACGGAACCCGCUCCCGCUCCCGCCCAGGAGGCCACGGAGGAUAAGAAGGACGAGACGGAGGAACACAAGGAAGAACAGGCCGAAGAGUCUCAGGACGUGAAGGUCGAAGAGCCUAAGGAGGAGCCCAAGGAGGAGCCCAAGGAGGAGCCCAAGGAGGAAAAGAAAGAGGAGGAGAAGCCUGCUCAGCCAGAGUAUCUGGCCAUGAACCCGGCCCUGAGCCAGUUCUUCGAUCGCCUGCCGGCCAUCCUCUCUUCCACCGGCUACAGUGAGAUGUGGGGCGUCUCCCUCAAGGACUCCAGCGAUGUCCCCACGGUCAACGUGCUUAUCAAGUUCCUUCGCGCCAACGAGGGCAACGUCAAGCUGGCAGAGGAGCAGCUGACCAAGGCCCUCCGGUGGCGCAAGGGUAUGAACCCCGUCGCGCUGGCCGACGGCCACUACAGUGCUGAGCGGUUCGGUGGUCUGGGCUACGUGACCAAGUACCCUGAAGCCAGUGGCAAGGAGGUCAUCGUCACUUGGAACAUCUACGGAAGCGUAAAGUCCGUCGACGCGACCUUUGGUGAUGUGGACGAGUUCAUCAAGUGGCGUGUGGCGCUCAUGGAGCUUGCCAUCAAGGACCUGAAGCUGAGCGAGGCGACUACUGUGAUUGACUACGAUGGCGAGGACCCGUACCAGAUGCUUCAGGUCCACGACUACCUGAACGUCAGCUUUCUCCGUCUGAACCCCACCAUUAAGGCUGCCACCAAGAAGACCAUCGAGGUGUUCUCCACUGCCUACCCGGAGCUGCUGCGAGAGAAGUUUUUCGUUAACGUCCCAGCCAUCAUGGGCUGGAUGUUCGCUGCCAUGAAGGUUUUCCUCAGCAAGAACACCACCCGCAAGUUCCACCCCAUCUCCAAUGGUGCCAACCUAGCCCGCGAAUUCCCUUCUUUGAAGGACAAGUUCCCCAAGACCUACGGUGGUAACGGCCCGACUCUGCAAGAGGAGUCCCUCACGGUCAACCUCGACAAGGCCGAGCCUGCUCCGGAGCCCGCCGCGGAGACUCCUGCUGCUCCGGCGGCCACGGAGUCCCAGCCGGCUGCGGAGGCGCCCAAGGAGGAGCCCAGGGCGGAGGAGCCGGUCAAGGCUGAUGCGGCUGUGACGGCCCAGGAGACGCCCGUUGUGGAAGCCAAAUAAAUGCGAUGAUGUGCGGCGGUUCCAAGCCCUGGCCAGGACGGGCUGGGGAUGCUUUAAUUUACGGUAAUGGAUGGACUGGUUGGAUUGAUACCCGGGGGAAUCGGUAGAUUGAUUCCAUGUCGUUUUGCGUACUUGAUACCUCUCCAUAGUCGUGCUUAUGGGUUUGAUGGGUGCAUGGUGCACUAGAUAGUAAUAUUUAAUGGUCGACGACGUGUCUGUUUAGAAUGUGGAUUCUCCGCU